AUGCACCUAGCCCUCGAGCUCGACUGCUCCUUUCUUGACCUCUCCGGCGACGACCCGGCCUACGACUCGCCCACCUCCUCCCAGGAAGACGAGCCCGUGGACGGCAAGGUCCUGCCGCUCCCCCCGAGAGGCACGCUCCGCCGGAACCGGCCGAGCCGCAGGAACGUCUACCACAACCAGCCCUCCUCGGGCGGCACGAGCCCGGCAGAGCGCCGGCCACGCCAGAGGUCCGGCAACCCCGACGACAUCAGCCUCUUGAGCCUCUCCGACAUCCGCCUGCCCCUCGCAUCCUCGCCAGAGCACCCGCCCGGCCAAACCCCCCCGAUUGCAGCACCAACCGCGCUGGCCUCGUCCACCACCUCCUCCUCCUACAGCUCUCUCUUGGACAACAUCACCCACCACUGCGCACGCUAUCUCGAGAGCCACCCGCUCCCACAGCCACCACCCUCCGAACUGGCCAGCCCAUUCCACACCCGAAAACCGCUCAUCAACACCCCCCCUCUCUCCGGAAAGGCCUCCAAACCGCCUCGUCCCCAAUCACCCACCCACCAGCGGAACGGAUUCAUCCCCCAAAGCGCCGGCCAUCCGACUCCCGAGGCCGGCCGGAAGCCACAGACGACGACGGCAACCAAGCGGCUCGACGCGGGACUCAGCCGAUCAUGCUCCAUCAAGCUGCUCUCCUUCCAGCCCGACCUCACGCCCCUCCAUCUCGCCUCCCAACUCAUCCACGACUCCUCCUCCUCCUCCACAACCACAACCACUUCCUCAUCCUCAUCCUCAUCAUCCUCAUCCACCACCUCCUCAUCCCCAGACACGAUCACCACCUCCUCACCAGCCACCAACUUCGAGAUCCUCAUCGCCGCCUCCUCCUCAGGCCCUCUCUCCACCAUCCACCCCAACCAGCCCUCCCAUCCCAUCCUCAAAUCAAAACAGAUCGCCAUCAAAGAUCAGCCACCCUCGACCAAGAAUAACUUCGAGCUCUUCAACCAGACCAAUAUCGCCUCUGCGCUAUAUCUGUCUCACACCAUCCACCAAGGCAAAGAAAACAUGCUCGACCAUCCUCUCCAUCUGACCGAAGACGACCCUCUGGAGUACUGA